UACACGUCGAGGACAAGAGAAAGAAAAUGUUGACGUUAGUAUCGGGUUCCUCUCGUUAUCUACGUCCUUCGGUUGGAGGAGGUGGUGUAGCUGUUGGGCUUCCGAACACUGUCCCACGCUACCUGGAGCUUGGAGUGAAAGGAGCGACAAUUUGGUAAGGCACAAAAUCAAUUUUCCUUGCUUAAAUGUAGACCACUAUGCAAGAACUUGUAAAGAAGACUGAGACUGGAGCUGGACGUCGAGCGACUUGUUAUCAAUCUAGUAUGGUGAACUACUACUACAGGAGACGAAGGCCUUCUCUACUUUCUCCUUGUCUACUUAGAAGAUCAGCGGUCAAUCUACUUAGAAGGCGGUCAUUCAAGGUCAUCUUCUUCAGAGACUACGACAGUGGAGAGCUGUCGUGUACUACAAUAAGUCCAGUAUCAAUGUCUGGACGAGCCGGACGAGCUAUUAUGCACUCAAGAACUACAGGAACUAGUUGAUCUUGAUUCUAAUAUCUGGAGCAGUUGCGAUGUUUGCCGAGGGACGAGGUACGAACGCGACUGCGCAUGGAUGAUACUGCGGCUGAAGGUUUUUUAAACAGAAUUUUCAAGAAGUCGUCUUCCAGCACACGAACUUAUGAUGUAGUUACGGUGCAUGUCCUCAUUCAUAACUUAUACGAUAGAUACUACUUAUCAUGAUGUUACUUAUUGUUAGGUGCUAGAUGUAGAUGUUGUAGUUGUGCAUGCCGUGUGGUCCAUAAUUCAUUACCUAUGUGCGUAGGGGACGAGGAACAUUAUGAUUAUGUUUUUUUCGUUGCUUGGUUGGUUGUUGGUUGAGUCACAUCUUUUUGGACUCUUUCUAAUCCACACAUCAUGACGAGACGCGGACGACUAAAGAGCAUCUGCAUGCCUGCACUCUGUUCGAUGACAUGUUUUGGGCACAUGCGGAUUUAGGGUCUAUUGUCCCACCGAAAACGACGACAAUUAAGGCUUUCGGGAAUGCAUCUUCAGAAGCAUCUUGCACCUUCCUUCGGGUAAGAUGAUGAUGAUGAUGAUGAUGAUGAUGAUGAUGAUGUAAACCCACCGAUCGGGUGGGGCGGGGCGGGAUGCCAUCUCAUCCCUGCACUCCUUCGGGUAAGGGGGAAACGGGUCCAAGAUGACUUUCAAGAUGGAUUCCCGGAAGGUCUAAGACAAGAACAACCUCUUCUUCAUCCUUCAAGUUCUUAGGGUCUUCAUCUUCAAUAUCAACAUGUUCUUCAUCAUCGUCAUCGACUGCAGAAUUCGCCAAUAAAUAUGUGCGCAUCGUGUCAGGAUCUAUGGGCUGGCUGCGACCCUUCGACCGUGUAGAUCCUGGCUAUCCUCCACUUUUGUUGGAGUACGACUUCAAUUACCAAACCCCAGAAUGGCACAAACGGAGAACGAAAAGAGCACCAGUGUCCUACACUCCACCUCAAAAGGCAGGCAAAAAACAGAUACAGCAGAUUUAGGAUGUCGUGAAUAUUCCAGUAGAGGUGGUAGAUGAUUGAAGUGGCUGAAAUUAGAGAGCUGCUAGAAGCUACUGUUACUCCUACUGCUACAGCUAGGACUAAGUUGUAGAGCUCCCUGCUGAAUAACAACUACCAUUACAACGAGUUCGACUUUUUUUAUAUGGUAGGAACGACUAGUACUUGCUUGAACCUUAUCUUCCUUGUUUUUCAAGCAAGUCCAAGAACCAAGGAUUACGAUAACGAUUCAAUCAUGGUAAAAAUCCUAAUCAUUGUUGAUAGUCUAACCACCGCAAGACCGGCACGGGCGAUUUGGUCGUGUUUCGGAGUACUGGGCAGAAGCCGGGCUAAUGCGAGAUCUGGUAGUACCGGAUCUGCGAGAUAUCAAUUUUGUUUUGAAUCUCAAUUUGAGGCCAUUCGAUGAGGCCUUCCUAACACGCGAUCAGCGGAUCUUUUCCGCCUCCGGAGUCGGAAAAAGCGCACUAGAGGGUGUAAGACAGAGGGCUCGGAAACUAGACCGCAAGCUUCUGGGUGACGACGAUUUGGCAGACGACAGCGCAGAUGAAGAUGAGUUGUAUCGUCCAAGCACCAACUUCUUCGAGGACCACGACGACCAAGAUGAAGAAUAUGAUGGUGAUGCAUUUUCAUCAGUUUCUUUGUCUUCUUCUUCUAGUGAACGGCUUCGUAUGGUGCGAGUGAACUUUGCUGGCUUAGAACCCUUAGAAGCUUGUGAGGCAAAAGGGCGGCUUUUACGUUGGAUCGUUCAAAAUCGAGUUCAGGAUCUAGCUACGCUCAGCGCGUACAAUUAUGGACAUUAGAAUGGAUCCUUCCGGUUCAUCACGUUCAUCUAGAAGUAGAGUCAACGUAACUAGAGAUAAUCUAGAUCUAAGUACAUCUAAAUCAGAAAGAGUUUCAUCGAUUGCUGGAGUUCUAUUUACAGACUCUUUUCCUCUUCUACAUCGACUCAGCUCAUUCUAGUGCUAGUUGUUCGGCAUGCAAACGGAACCAGUUUAGAAGAAGAGUCCUUUCAUUAGUUUUUCUAAUAGAAAGGUGGCAUGUUGACUGGAGCGAGUGGUCCCGCGUCUCCACAGCAAGACCAUCAUUCUUAAGGGCUUCCAAAUUGCAUUCUGCACUUCUUGCAUCCUUGGUCUUUUCUAAUGUGGGAAAUUAUGGGUCCAGGAUGAAGAAUGUAAUGCGGAAACCUCAUCUAACAUUGUUGUUCGGAGACUAGCAACAGGUAUAGACAUAAGGGACCAGGAGAACGCUCUGCAGGAAGAUUGUUUGAGCUUCGGCACAUGGACGACAAUGAAAUUGUCUUCCAACCUAGGGGUGCACACUCUUCUUCUUCAUCACCAGUAGAGCGCUCCUCUAGAAGUACUAGUACCACGACCAGGUCAGGAGCAGGACCGUCUGUGUCUUCACGGACUCACGUUCCACCGGGUGUAAAAUUGAAAAUUUGAAUUCCUUGCUGGAUUAGUAGAGUAGUGCUUUCAAUCCUUACAUUUGAUGAUGGCAGAAGAAGGGGUCAACAUGCAGCUCAUGGGAACGUGCUCUGAAGUAGAUGUAAAAAUCUUACUCGAAAUAAAACUGAAAUAACCGAGUUACUGACUGAAAUAAGGGAGGCACUAGCUUAUAGCGUCCAGGCUACUCUUCCUUCUCGUCAGUCUCUCGAUUAUUCUGAUCAGUUCCUUGCCUAUUUCAGUUUUUCGAAUAGCGCAUCCCGAACUCGACUCUUCAAUGAAGAUUCGUGAAGAAAGUUGCAUGUGGGUGUGCCAUGUGGCAGUGACUGUAACAGUUCUCAAAUUUAGAAGAACUACUACUGGCAUAGUUCACGUAGGAGCUCUUCUUGGCGUUCCAUGAGCAUCUCGAUAGCUGUGUCAUUUUCUUCUAGUCCACUCAUCUGAUGCUGGUGAUCUACAACCUGCUGUCUGACGUGGAUCCUUUACAACCUUGUUCAGUAUCUUCUCG